CGUAUUAUAAGAUAUGAUCAGCUGUCUUUUCUUGAGAAUAGAUAGUCUUGAGUUUAUGACUCUUUAUUCGGAUUUAGUCGAUGGAAGCUUAAGCUUCCAUUGUACCUUACUUUACCAUGUUCCCCCUCCCUUGGUGAAACUGACAGAUGUCACACAACCACCUCACAACUACAGGUCUUUUUUAUGAAAUGCGAAUACAAUGGCC